GCUAGGACUUGCCUCAAAUUGUUAAGCUGACGUACUCCACGUAUAUUGUGUGUGCUAUUUACAUACCAUCUCCGAGUUUAUUGCCAGCAAAAAAGCCACUGUGGUGCAAGAGAAGUGCAUUUGUCGCUAUUUCCAGCUACCAACGAACAGUGGUGUGGUUCAUUUGGUUUUCCUAAGAGGACCCGGUGGCCAUCUAGCGGCUCGAUAACACGAGGGUGUGAAAAGUGAGAAUUUGGAGCACGGUCUGCACUUGCGAUUACAGAAAAGUUGAUGUGCUAGAAAGUGAAAAGUUGUUAAAAGCCUUUAAGAUUGAAACAAUAGUAGUGAAAGCUGGAGAAGAAACAUUUUUCACUGUGUAAUAUAUCCAGUCUGGAUUGAUUGAUCGAGAACAAUAUCUACAUAUCGUGUGGUAAAAAAGAAGAAAACGAAAACAGUAGUUCAAGAUUGUGAUUUUAAUAGAGUAAUCUCUUUUUACUAUAUUUUGCUUACUGUUAUUAUUUAAGUUAUACUGAAUUUCGUAAAUAAGUGGUUCCAGUAGUGUAUAAAAUAGAGGAUAUAUUGUGGUAUCAUACCAUUAGAAACAACAAGGGUUAUAUUACCGAAGGUGAUUCGUUUUGCUGAACAGUCUUCCGUUAAUUGUUAAAUUGUGUUAAUUACGUUUUUGAAAACAUUUGGGCAGAAGAAAAGUGAAAAAUUGAAUUGAACCUUUAAGCGACAAUUAAAGUUGCCAAUUUCUUACAAAAUCAGUGCCCGAGGAGUGAUAGAAAAAAAUCUGAAAAAAGGUUUUCCCAUUAUUGUUGGUGCAAAUAGAAUGGCCCCACCCAAUAAUGAGUUUACAUCUGAAGUGAUUGUGCCACGUGAAGUGAUCCAGCAGGAUGGUUUUCGCGAGGAUCAACAACAGCAGCAACCUACAAAACCAACUAUGGAUUGGGAAGCACCAGCAGCACAAGGUCUUUAUGAUCCACAAAACGAGCAUGAGGCCUGCGGUGUUGGUUUUAUCGUCUCGAUCGAAGGAAAGGCCAAUCAUAAGAUCUUACGCGAUGCCCAAACGCUGGCGAUCCGUAUGAACCAUCGCGGCGCUUGCGCCUGUGAUAACGAUACCGGUGACGGUGCCGGUGUAUGCACUUCGAUUCCGCACAACCUCUACGCCGAAGAUCUUGCAUCCCAUGGCAUCCAACUACCGGAACUAGGUCGCUACGCCACCGGCAUUUUCUACCUGGACAAGAACACCCACGAAGAGGCCAAAAAGGACUUCAAUACGUUGGCAGAGAGCUUGGGAAUACAGGUGCUCUGCUGGCGUGAUGUUCCAACCAACCAGGACGCUGUCGGUGCGGUGGCCCGCAAGAGCGAACCUCUCUCCCAGCAGGCCUUCGUUACGGCCGAUGUCGACGAGGAAACGUUCAAACGGCAGGUUUUCGUUCUGCGUAAGCGUGCAACCCACGAACUGGUGCGCCCAGGUCGUCGCUUCUACAUCUGUUCCCUGUCGACCAAGACCAUCGUCUACAAGGGGCUGUUCACGUCCGACCAGCUCUGGGAGUAUUAUCUUGAUCUCAAGAAUCCGAAAUUCUUUACCUACUUGGCGUUGGUGCACACCCGUUUCAGCACCAACACGUUCCCAUCGUGGGAACGUGCACAUCCGCUACGGGUUUUGGCGCACAACGGAGAAAUCAACACGCUGCGUGGUAAUGUGAACUUCAUGAAGGCUCGCGAGGGUGUCAUGAAAAGCGAGCAAUACGGCGACGAGCUGAAGAAACUGUACCCAGUUGUCGAACCGAACUUGUCCGAUUCGGGUUCAUGUGAUUGCGUGCUGGAGUUCCUGACGCAAGUCGGCAAUCGUUCGCUUCCGGAGGCCGUGAUGACUAUGGUACCGGAAGCGUGGCAGAACGAUCGCACCAUGUCGCAGGAGAAGCGUGACUUCUACCACUGGUCGGCUUGUGUUAUGGAACCGUGGGACGGCCCUGCGCUGAUUUCGUUCACCGAUGGGCGCUACAUCGGAGCGAUUCUUGAUCGAAACGGUCUGCGCCCGUCCCGGUUCUACGUGACGCGUGACAACCUACUGAUCAUGGCUUCGGAAGUUGGUGUUUAUGACGUUGAUCCUAAAGACGUCGCCCUCAAGAGUCGUCUCAAGCCAGGCCGUAUGCUUUUGGUGGAUACGGAGAUGAAAGCACUGAUUCAGGACGUCGAGUUGAAGUCCCAUAUUGCCACGUCCCGCCCGCACUCGGAAUGGUUGCAACAGCAGAUUACUAUGGAAGAAAUUCGUCAAGCUGCUGGGGAUCAAAAUGAAGUCAUCGAACUCCCAUUGGAACAGCAGCGUGGCAUGAUGGAUCCACGCCUGCAGCUGUACGGCUACACAACCGAGACCAUCCAUAUGCUGCUUCUUCCCAUGAUAAACAACAAGAAGGAAGCCCUCGGUUCCAUGGGUAACGAUGCUCCGCUAGCAUGUCUCUCCGCAUUCCAACCGUUACCAUAUGAAUACUUCAAGCAACUGUUCGCCCAAGUUACCAAUCCUCCGAUCGAUCCUUUCCGUGAAAAGAUCAUCAUGUCCCUACAGUGUCCCGUAGGACCUGAAGCCAACUUGUUGCAAGCCAACCCCUUACAGGUUCACCGCAUCUGGUUGGACAAUCCUAUUUUGAGCAUUCCAGAUACGGAGACCCUGAAGCGUAACGUACAUCGUGGUUGGAAGACCAAGGUGAUCGAUAUCACGUUCCCAGCUCAAGAAGGUCCAGACGGAUAUUUGACCGCAUUGCGCCGCAUCUGCAUUGAAGCCCAAAAUGCCGCCCAGGGAGGUUAUCAGUUGCUGACGCUAUCGGACCGUGCAUCGAGCAAGGAUCGUGCUCCGGUUUCUGCACUGCUUUCUCUAGGAGCUGUUCAUCAUCAUCUGAUCGAAACGCGUCAACGCAUGAAGGUCGGCCUUGUGGUCGAAACAGCUGAAGCUCGGGAGGUCCACCAUAUGUGCGUGCUUCUGGGUUAUGGCGCUGACGCUAUUUGUCCGUACCUGGUGUUCGAACUGGCCGAAGCAUUGCGUGAUGAAACUGUCAUCGAUCCUACCUUGAGUAACGACGCAAUCUAUCAAGCUUACGCCCAAGCCAUUGAGACAGGUAUUCUGAAAGUUAUGGCCAAGAUGGGUAUUUCGACAUUGCAAUCUUACAAAGGAGCGCAGAUUUUCGAAGCCGUUGGUAUGGGGUCUGAUGUCAUAGAUUUCUGCUUCCGAGGAACUCAAUCUCGUAUUGGUGGCGUCAACUUGGAACUACUGGCUCAGGAAGGACUCCAGAGGCAUGAGUUAGUGUACGGAAACCACUCUGCAGAUAUGAAAAUCUUGCGUAACCCUGGUCAAUAUCACUGGCGAGCUGGCGGGGAAGGUCAUAUCAAUGAGCCAGCUGCUAUCGCAGCUCUGCAGGAAGCGACCAUCAAUGAAAACAAGGGAGCUUUUGCACGUUUUAGGGAUACAACUAUGAAGAGUGUGCAGCAGUGCGCCUUGCGUGGACAGUUGGAAUUCAUUCAGGGGCGUACAAAAAUUGACAUCUCUGAGGUGGAGCCUGCUAGCGAAAUCGUGAAGCGCUUUGCCACCGGAGCUAUGAGCUUUGGUAGUAUCUCAUUGGAGGCACAUUCCACCUUAGCUGUUACCAUGAACCGGAUUGGUGGCAAGAGUAACACUGGUGAAGGUGGAGAAAAUCCCGAUCGUUAUCUGAACCAGGAUCCACACAAUAACAAGCGGUCUGCUAUCAAGCAAGUUGCCUCGGGUCGUUUUGGCGUCACUGCAGCCUACGUUGCCAACGCGGAUGAUCUGCAAAUUAAGAUGGCUCAAGGAGCUAAGCCUGGCGAAGGUGGAGAGCUACCGGGUUACAAGGUCUCGGUUGAUAUUGCCAAGACUCGACACUCUGUGGCUGGCGUGGGUUUGAUUUCUCCACCGCCGCAUCACGAUAUCUACUCCAUCGAGGACCUUGCCGAGCUGAUUUACGAUCUGAAGUGUGCUAACCCGAAAGCUCGCAUCAGUGUAAAGCUGGUGUCAGAAGUUGGUGUUGGCGUCGUUGCCUCUGGUGUUGCCAAGGGCAAGGCUGAGCAUAUUGUCAUUUCUGGCCACGAUGGUGGAACUGGUGCCAGCUCCUGGACCGGUAUCAAAGCUGCAGGACUGCCAUGGGAGCUGGGUGUUGCGGAAACUCAUCAAGUCUUGGUGCUGAACGACUUGCGAUCAAGAGUUGUGGUACAGGCCGAUGGACAGCUCCGCACGGGUUUCGAUGUUGUUGUGGCCGCCAUUCUUGGUGCUGAUGAAUUUGGAUUCAGUACCGCUCCUUUAAUAGUAAUGGGUUGCACAAUGAUGCGAAAGUGUCAUUUGAACACCUGUCCGGUCGGAAUUGCUACGCAGGAUCCAGUACUUCGUGCUAAGUUUGCUGGAAAACCCGAACAUGUUGUCAACUUUUUCUUCAUGUUAGCCGAAGAGAUUCGGGAAAUAAUGGCAAGUUUAGGUCUGCGUAAGUUCCAGGAGUUGAUUGGUCGCACCGAUUUGUUGCAAGUACGAGAGGACUUGACGAACAAAGCUGCCCUUCUGGAUCUACAAUUGUUACUGAAGAAUGCUCUGGAUCUACGCCCAGGAACGAACAUCAUCGGAGGAUCAUUGAAGCAGGACUUUUCUCUUGAGAAAAGAGCUGAUAGCAUGCUAAUUGAGAAGUGUCGUGGAAUCAUCGACGGAACUGAGCAGUCCAUCACGUUGGAUAUGGAUAUCAAGAACGAGGAGCGAGCCUUCACUAGCACUUUGAGUUACGAAAUUGCUAUCAAGUAUGCGGAUGAGGGUCUUCCGAAUGGACGAUCGAUCAAUAUCAAUUUGAAAGGCUCGGCUGGCCAAAGUUUCGGUGCAUUCCUGGUCAAGGGCGUAACACUUAACCUGAUUGGUGAUGCAAAUGAUUACGUCGGCAAGAGCUUGUCUGGUGGAACCAUUAUUAUUCGACCACCGGAGGAGUCACCAUUUGAAUCUCAUCUGAAUGUCAUCGUUGGCAACGUGUGUCUGUACGGUGCCACAUCUGGCAGAGCAUUUUUCCGCGGUAUCGCAGCCGAACGGUUCUGCGUGCGUAACUCUGGAGUUACGGCUGUUGUUGAAGGAGUCGGUGAUCACGGUUGCGAGUACAUGACCGGUGGAUUGGUGCUGAUUUUGGGUUUGACCGGUAGAAACUUUGCCGCUGGAAUGUCCGGAGGAAUCGCGUAUGUUUUGGAUGUUGACGGCUCUUUCCGCUCAAAGGUUAAUCCUGGCUCGGUUGAAUUAUUUGGGUUAGAUUCAGAUGAAGACCGUCAAACGGUCAAAACACUGAUGGAAGAGUUUGAAGAGAAAACUGGAUCAGUAGUGGCAACAGAUUUGUUGACAAGGUGGCCUGAAUCAUGCAAUCGAUUUGUGAAGGUGUUCCCAUGUGAAUACCAAAAGGUGCUGAAAGCUUUGAAGGAAGAGCAGGCUCUCCAACAAAAUACUAAACCAAUUACAAAUGGAACCCCAAGGCACGAACCCAAAGUGAAAGAUAUUGAAGAAUCCAUUCAGGAUGCUGCUCUUGCCAAGAAGAAGCUGGACCAAGUUUUGGAUAAGACGCGUGGUUUCAUCAAAUAUAAGCGUGAGACCUCCGUUUAUCGAAACGCAGUGGAACGCCAAAAGGAUUGGGCCGAGGUUUAUAAUUUCCCGCACGUUCGCAAGAAUCUGAAAGUACAAGCAGCUCGUUGUAUGGAGUGUGGUGUGCCAUUCUGUCAGUCCAAUUCUCAUGGGUGUCCUCUAGGCAACAUCAUUCCCAAGUGGAACGAUCUGGUGUUCCACGCCAAUUGGAAAGAAGCAAUCGCUCAGCUUUUGCAGACAAACAACUUCCCAGAAUUUACUGGACGAGUAUGUCCGGCCCCUUGCGAGGGAGCAUGCGUGCUGGGUAUUUCUGAACCAGCAGUUACAAUCAAAAACAUCGAAUGUACAAUCAUUGAUCACGCUUUCGAACAGGGCUGGAUCGUUCCUCAAAUUCCAACUGAACGGACUGGCAAACGUGUCGCUAUUAUUGGAUCCGGUCCAGCCGGUUUGGCUGCUGCUCAACAACUGAACAAAGCGGGACAUUUGGUUACUGUUUAUGAAAGGAACGAUCGCCCAGGAGGACUCCUUCAGUACGGAAUUCCAACAAUGAAACUGUCCAAGGAAGUUGUAAUGCGUCGUAUAAAUUUGAUGAAGGCUGAAGGCAUUGAGUUCAAAUGCAAUGUACACAUAGGAAAGGACCUCAUGCCGUCGCAGUUGGAGAAGGAUAACGAUGCAGUUCUUUUCACAACCGGUGCCACUUGGCCACGUGAUUUGAACCUGCCAAACCGCGAUUUGAAGGGUAUCUAUUUCGCAAUGGAGUUCUUGGAAGCUAGUCAGAAAAAAUUGCUCGGAUCUCGUCCGGAAUGGAUUUCUGCUGAAGGAAAGGAUGUUCUAGUCAUCGGUGGAGGCGAUACUGGUUGCGAUUGUAUCGCGACUUCGUUGCGACAGGGAGCUAAAUCCAUUACUACCUUUGAAAUUCUGCCGACACCCCCAGAGAAGCGUGCUCAAGACAAUCCCUGGCCACAGUGGCCGAAAAUUUUCCGGGUCGAUUACGGCCAUGAAGAGGUUCGUGUCAAGUGGGGUAAUGAUCCACGCCAAUACAGCACUACUACGAAGGAAUUUGUGAGUGAUGGAAAUGGCCACAUCAAGGGAGUUAACACAGUACAGGUCGAAUGGACGCAGAGCCCAACUGGACAGUGGAGCAUGAAGGAGGUAGCUGGAUCCGAAAAAUACUACCCGGCUGAUCUGAUUCUUCUAGCUAUGGGUUUCUUGGGACCAGAGAAGCUGGCACCCACAGAGAUGAAGCUUGAAUUGGACGGGAGAGGCAACAUCAAGACUCCAGUAGGUACCUACGGGACCGCCAAUCCCAAGGUAUUCGCCGCCGGUGAUUGUCGUCGAGGGCAAUCGUUGGUGGUUUGGGCCAUCACGGAGGGACGACAGGCAGCCCGUCAAGUUGACAGCUACCUCAUCGGUAAACCAAGUUCACUUCCCGGACCUGGUGGGGUUAUUGAUCUACGAUCCCCUUAAAUCUCCUGAACCGUAUUUACCGUAUUAUGUUACACAAAGAUGUUUACCGGGAUGUUGGCCAACUAUUGUCAACAUUACUCGAACUACUAGUAACUAUAUCGGCCAUUUGUGAUCUAUAUCCGGCGUCGUUAGCUCCAGGUGGCAUCCAACAUUCAAGCAGGAAAAUAGUGACUGGUUUUACAGAUAUAAAACGAUCUUGAACGUUUGAUACGUCCAGAACGGUUCACAGUGAACCUUAAACAGAUUGAAAUGUGGUUUAAUCUAGUGAUUCUCAUGUAUUUCUGUUACGUUUUCUUCGUACGAUAUUUCUUUAUUUCAAGCAUGAAUCAAUUAUUUACUUUAAAUCAUCUUUAGUUAGUCAUUUAGUUUUAUGAUACUUAUAAACUACAUUGUAUUAUUGUUAGAACACAUAGUAAUGAUCAAUAAAAAGCUUUUUAUUUUUAUUCUUCUGUAACCACAAAAUCCAAAUGUUUUUAAAUCAUUAAUUUACAUAGGACAUUAUUCGCAAUUCAUACUGUGAUGAAUUACCUUACUUUAGUGAUAGCAAUGUUGCCAACUGACAACAAAAAACCAGAAGAUGCAACGCAUCUGUGUUAUUAUUGUCAUUUUUGCGUAACAUAAAUCUUAAGAUUCUUAAUCAUAUUGAUUAGUUCGCUUUUUGAGUUUUACUACCGGAAAUACACUUAUACUGUUUGUCGCUUCGGCUCGUAUUUUGAUUUCGUUAUUCGUCCCUAUUUUGUCUGCACAAAUCGUAUACUUAUGCUAUUUCAGAACUCAUUUGAAUUUCUACUAAUGUUAAUUAUCAACCAACUUCCAAAACAACAAAUGAUACAAUAUCAACCAACUUCCAAAAUACCUCCUUCAAUAACCACCGGAUAUCACAUUUGAGCAUCGGAUCUAUAUCCACUGUUUCAUCUCAGGCUAAAAAGCGAUCUAUAGCGUACUGAACAAAAAGUCAAUUAGAUGAUGCAAACAAUAUAACUAUUAUCCGAAAAGGGACUAUAAUCUACCAAUUUACUCAACAAAAAUUUACCCAAGUUGUUUAUGUGUACUGACAAUAAUUAGAAACUUAAAUCGUUUUGAGAGUUUAGAAUGCAACACUUUCCGGCAAGAUGGUAGUCACGGAAUGCUUAAAUGUAGUUCGAAAAAAAUAAUCAAAACCUGUCAACCAAGCGCAGCUUGUGAGCAACGGAACACUAUUCUCAUAUUUCUUCCAACCCAUGCGUUGAUGGCCGCUAUUCCAGUACUCCUGUGUUAACGAAAAAAACUAUUAUCAAAUACUGCAAUUGAUGUUCAAAAAAAGUUUCCGAAAUGAACGAAAUGAAUUCAAAUACGAACCUAUUUACACGUUAAUUGGUGAUUUAGACUAAAUGUUGAACAUGUGUACGGUAGCGUUGAAUUUCAAAAUUAUAGAAUUACCACAAUCGAAAGUCAUUGGCAAAUCGGAAUCAAAUCAACUAAACGUCCAUCAAUUGAUGAAAAAAUACCAUAAAAACAUAUUCAUCCAUAUAAUAUAUGAUUAUCAUUGAAACACAGCAGAUCAUUGUGGAAACUACUAUGCAGACUGUAGUUUCACCUGACUAAAUGCACUGAUCGAAAAACCGUCGUCAUAUAUUAUAUUAUACACCCAAUCAGGCAUAUAUGUCUAGAUACCCCUAUGGAUAUCAGCUUGAAGUUGUUCAAUAAAUGUAGAAAUGCAAA